AUGUGUAUCAUGAAAACCUACGAAACACGCGGCCCAGGCGUCAUGGAUCCCCCUCCCCGCCGGGGAAACUACACAUCCCACCCACCAGCAGGCGUAGUGCGUCUCCCGCGCGACUGGCGGCGCUCAGCAUCAUACAGCGAUGAGGGACGAAGAUCUCAACCAAGGGUGAUUGAAUAUUAUGAGGAGCCGCGAGCAAGCAGGCGGAGUGUUAGUAGGACGAGGAGGGUGAGCGAUUUCAGAAGGAGCGAUGUGAGGAGGAGCGAUUUGGAGUUUCGCGAGCCGAGGAGGAGUACGGGGUAUGUGGAUGAGAGGGAGGUUCGGAGGGAGGUUAGUCGGACGCGGUACUGA